AUGGCCAACCCUCCUCAGCGCACACAGCAGGUGCCCCAGCAUGUCACCGCACUCCUCUCCCACCUCACCUCCCGCCCGGGCGUCCAAUCCACCCUGAUUCUCUCCCGCAAAGACGGUUCUAUCAUCCAAAGCACCGGAGAGCUCGCGAUCCAAGAGGCAACCGCUCGUCAGACGUCAUUGGCUUCAUCUACAGCUGACCAGAACCUGAUCGCUCAAUCUUCCGACUCGUCACCAGCCUCGCCCACAGCUCCUUCCCCCACAUAUCAGCCCUCACAAGCAGAGACUCUAGCCGCGCACAUUACCGCAUACGUCUCCAGCGCCUCCGCCUUGGGCAUCUCUCUCUCAAAGCCUACCCAGACCAGCGAGGGCUCCGAUUCGGCGUUGAACGUGUAUGGAACAUAUGGAAACGGCACAACUCCACAAGACCGAGAUGCAGACCGAGAUCGUGACGAGGACGAAGUGAAGCUGCUACGUAUGCGCACGCGGAAACAUGAGAUUGUCGUCGUGCCGGAUCGGAAGUACCUGCUCUGUGUUGUCCAUGAUGCGGCGCAUGCGAGUGCUGGACCUGGGCCUGCUGCUCGCAUGCGGUAA